AUGCUGUUUCUUAAAGAGCCUUUGAGCCGUUUGAAGUGGGGCUUUUUGCCCGUGAGAAGAAUCGUCGAUGAGGACGAGAACGGCGUCUCGACCAUCGCUACCGAACAGGAAAUUUUGCUGGAAAAAGAGGCAGAAAAAGUGCUGGAAAAGUCUGUGCACUCGAAAAACGACGACGGCUACUCGGGACAAGUCGAAGUACGCGACGAGGCCAACCGCAAGUGGUACAAGUUCUUUGACGAGUACGAGUACCGCCUCAAUAAGCAUGACCGGGCUAAUCACAAGUGGUACAAGUGGUUUGACGAAAACGACACGCCUGCCGAGCGCAAGUUGAUGUGGAAAAUCGACAUCUUGUUGACCUUCUACGCAUUCAUGGCCUACUGGGUCAAGUACUUGGACCAGACCAACUUGAACAAUGCCUAUGUGGCUGGGCUCCAGGAGUCUCUUUCCAUGAAGGGAAACGACUUGGUCAACACGCAGGUUUUGUUCAACGUGGGCAACAUUGUGUUCCAGAUCCCCUUCAUGUACGUUUUGUACGGCUUGCCGUUGAACUAUGUGUUGCCCUUUUUGGAUCUCUGCUGGUCGGCGUUGACCAUCGGAACGUACCGCGUCAACUCGCUCGGCCAGUUGAAGGCCAUUCGUUUCUUCAUUGGUGCCUUUGAGGCGCCCUCCUACUUGGCCUACCAGUACUUGUUUGGCACGUUUAUUUUCAACCCGGCCAUGAUUGCGCGCCGCUCGAUGUUCUACUACUUUGGCCAGUACCUUGGUGUUUUAACGUCGGGCUUGCUCUCCGGAGCCAUUGUGCGGACGUUCCAGAACAAGGGCGGACUCGAGGCGUGGCGCUGGAUUUUCAUCAUCGACGGUAUCAUCUCGCUUGUCGUUGGAUUUCUCGGUUUCUACAUGCUUCCAGGUACACCUACCGACUGUUACUCGAUCUUUUUGACCGACGACGAAAUCCGGUUGUUGCGCCGCAAAUUGAAGGAGAACAACACUGCAUCACGGCCGCAGUCCGACUUGUUGAAAUCGCUCGUCUCCAAAAACAUGUGGAAGUCCAUUCUUUCGUCGUGGGAGUUUUACGUAUUGACUGUGUGGAACAUGCUUUGCUGGAACAACAGUAACGGAGCUUCUGGUGCCUACAUUUUAUGGCUCAAGUCGCUCAAAAGAUACGGGGCAGGAAAGCUUCAAGACUACAGUGCCUUGACUCCGGGCCUUGGUUUGGCCUGGUUGUUCAUCACAUGCAUGUAUGCCGACUUGUUCCAUCUGCGGUGGCUGGCGAUUUUGCUUUCGCAGGUUUUCAACAUUGCCGGAAACGUCAUUUUGGCCGUGUGGCAUGUCCCCGAGCGGGCCAAGUGGUUUGCUUGGUGUAUGCAAUAUUUUGGCUGGGCCAUGGCGCCAGUCUUGUAUUCCUGGCAAAACGAUAUUUGUCGCCGUGAUGCGCAGAAGCGUGCUGUUAUCUUGGUGGUGAUGAAUAUGUUGGCGCAGUCCUCCACGGCUUGGAUGGCUGUCAUCGUAUGGAAAACAAAAGAGGCGCCUCGUUUCUUGAAAGGUUACAGUUUCACCGCCACCAGUGCCUUCUGCUUGUGCUUGUGGACGUUUCUUGUGUUGUGGCUCUACAAGAGACAAGAGAAACGGCAUGCUCGCCAGAACGGUAUUGUCUUGUACAAUUCAAAGUACGAUCGGGCGCCCGAAGUGGAUUCCUCUAGCGAAACAAGGGAGGUAGAAACAAGUUCGGCAGAAAAGGGUAUUUAG